AUGGCCGGAGCCACGCUGCUGCUGUUGCCAUUCGCGCUACCACUCACAGUCGCGGUGUAUACAAUUGUCUGGCUGUAUACGUGGACUCACGACCCGCGCGCAAGCACCAAUUUACUACGCGUGCUCCCAUUACACCCCAGGCGGGUGUACAAGUGCAGCCGGGCGCUGUGGUCGGGAAUGCUUGAUGGGUUGGGCGGCCCGACUAUAGCUAUUAUAUUUUCUUACAUGGUGGCGAAGCUCUCUCGGUCGUCGCGGCCUCAGGACACGGCGGUGCGCGAUAUCAAGUAUGGGCCGCAGGCGAAACAUCGGCUGGAUCUUUUUGUGCCCAUAGCAACACAACAGCAGCAGCAGGGCGCUUCAGCAGCAUCUUCCGAAAAGGAGCGUUUCCCAAUUCUGAUUAUUUUCCCCGGAUACCGCUGGUCCAAGACCAAGCGCGCUCGCAUGUACCGGCCAAUGGCGCAGACACUGUGCGGCGAUGGCAUGUUUGUUGUGCUGCCCCGCGUCGGCGGUGUGGAUGCCAGCCUUGAAGACAUUCUGUGCGACUUCCACCUGACUGUACAAUGGGUCUUUGAAAAUGCGGUCAACUUUGGCGGGGAUCCCAGGCGCGUGCACCUCAUGGGCUACGGCGCCGGAGCACACCUGUGCACGAUGUACAGCUUGAUAGUCCCCCUGAAGACUUGGUAUGCACAGGCUGACCGCAUGUCUCCAGACGCCCAACUACUCUCGUCUCGUGCCUCUGACCAGUGCCUCCGCCGCUGGCUGCGCAAAAUCAGGCGUGUCCCGCGACCUGUCGCCGGCUUGAUCCUAGUCUCAGGCGUCUUUGACAUUGCUAGCCAGCGCAGGUACGAGACCGAGCGGUGCAUUGAGAACCUGUCGGCAACGGCAAAGGCAUUCGGCGGAAGCCGCGAGCGCGAAGACGCCUGGUCGCCGGCGGCCAUCGUGCGCCGCCUGCGCCGCUGCAGUGCGUUUAUUCCCUCGGAGCUAUUUGCGCACAGCGUGCUGCUGAUUCACGGCAAGCGGGACUCGACGUUUGUGCUGGCUCAGAGUCAGAGGCUUUUCCGCGAGUUGGCCGAAAUUGACGUGCCUGAUGUCAACAUGAAGAUUUAUGCGAACCUGCGCCGUGUUGAUCCGUCGAUCGCCUUGCUGGCCCCAGCAUCGGCUCUGGCCCAGUCGCUGUUGGAGGAUAUUCGCGCAUCGGUCUCUCCGUCUGCACAUCUGAAUAGCAACAAUUUGGACAGAGAUAACCAUGACGGCGGCAGCAAUGGCACGACGGGUGAUUCCCUUGAGUCUGGCUCCACAUUAAAUCACGAUAAAAACAGUGCCAGAUCCAACUCCAAAGAUAGCAAAUCAAGCCGCGGCGGCAGCAGCAGCAAUGACAAUAGCAGCCCUGAUGAGACCGUUCCACCAGGUAUAUCUACAGAUGCAGAUGCGAAUCUUAUUGCACCACAUACCGCGGAUAUCUCCUCUCAUAUAUCACACCGCAAUGACCGUGGCCGGCGGCAGCAGCAGCAAAUGCGUCAUAGAGAUCUUGCGCGCUGUGCUUCUGACAACAGCAGUAGGGUUACCGACUACUUUUCUAACGCAGACAGCCCGCAGCACAUGAUGGCGGUUCCCAGCGCUGCCACAUAA